AUGUGUCGAUUUCUGAUUUUCAAGGGAAAGGAGCCUAUUCUCUUGGCUCAUCUACUGACCCGCCCAGCACAUUCCAUCAUCAACCAAUCCUUUGACAGUCGUCUGCGACUCGAUAUGACCCGGCCUAUCAACGGGGAUGGUUUUGGAGUCGGAUAUUACACCAUGGAUCGUGAUCUGGAACUAGACGCUGGACCCUGCGUCUUCUGUGCGAUCACUCCUGCCUGGAACAACACCAACCUCGCCCGACUCGCCAACAAGACUAAGAGUGACCUUGUCUUUGCCCACGUGAGAGCCUCUACUUCCGGUACUCUCUCCGAGACCAACUGCCACCCCUUUGCCUACCACAACUUCAUGUUCAUGCACAACGGAAACCUGAGUGGCUUCAGCAAAAUCAAGACACGGCUUGUUCGGCUCAUGGACGAGGAGUACUUCAACGUUAUCGAGGGAGGAACCGAUUCAGAGUGGGCCUUUGCUCUGUUCCUGGAUACCCUGAACAAACUGGGCUGUGAUCCUGCUCGAACUGAUAUCCACCACCCUCAUGCCAAGAUUCGAGAGGCUAUCAUCAAGACAAUUGAGAUCAUCAAGGAGGUCACCAAGAGCGUUGGAGUCACCGAUUCCGAGCCCAGCUUGCUCAACUUCGCCGUCACUGACGGAGAGACGGUUGUAUGCUCUCGAUACAUCACUUCCAAAACAGAGGAGGCUGCCUCUUUGCAUUUCUCUUCGGGAUCAAGCUUCUUUGAGUAUAAGCCUGGCCAGUACCGAAUGGAGCGACACGACAAGUCGCAGAACAUUAUCAUGGUUGCCUCUGAGCCCCUCACUUUUGAGAGAGGAGACUGGAUCACCAUCCCGACAAACACCAUCGUCACACUAACCAACCAGAACGUGUUGCUGCAUCCCGUUAUUGACGAGUACUACGUGAAAGACCCCACUCAUCGACGAAGCAGUGCUCUAGCUGAGUCCAAGGGUCUGGCUUCUCCUGUUCACAUGAUCAACAACCCUCCUGGGGUGCCUCCACUGGGAAGAGAGGGACGAGAUAUUGUUGAGGAGGUUAUUGCAUGA